GGCCGUUAAACGUACUUGUGUUUAGUAGGUGUGGCAGUUGUAGCCGUGUAUACGGUGUGUAGUGAUCUAUGGUUCAAUGACUUUCUGCCUAGUUAAAGUGUUUAGAGAUGACUAUGACGAGGAAUAUUUAGAAGUUAAAACAUGAUCAGUUCAUCGUGUAAUCGUACAUGAUACACCAGUCUAUUGUUCAGAUACACUCUCGGAAUUUUAAAUGUACCGGGUGAUUUAAUAAUUUACAUUGAACUAUUGUUAACUGAAGCAGAUGGCACAUCGACCGUGAGGAUACAUAUGUGGACCCAGUCAACAACAGUUUUUGGGUGUAGAUCCUGCUUCGGAGAUAGUCGUUAUACAUGACUAUGGAAAUUGAUAAAGGAUGUUCACUCGGACAAUGGAACAAGAAAAAGGUAUGAUAAAGGAAAAUUCUGUCUUAGUCUUGUGGAUCAGAACAGAAAAUCUUUAAAACCAACCUAGGUCUUCCGAGAAGCAAGUCGUAGUACAGAUUACAGCGUUUCUCGUUAUGACUUCCUACGCGUACAAAAAUGAUAAUCAUUGUGGAUGAGAGAGUGUAUUUGUAGGUCAAGAAUGUACGUGAUAUACACACACAUAGGUGUAUGAACAAUCUUGAGGACGACAUUCUUUGUUUAUGUACAUUAUAUUUACCGAGAAAACGCUUAUGUCAGGCAAGAAGCAAAUCAUCGCGAUUGUCCCCUCUUGAACGGCAGACAAAACCAGACCUGUCCCCUCUUGAAACUGUUUCAUUGUAGUCUUGAUAACGUCGUGACUGCUGAGGAGAGAACGUGGGCGGCACGUGCACUCUGACGUUUCAAUUGGUGUUCGCUGAAAUAUAUAUACGGAGUAAACACUAUUUAAGGUUACACAUUGUUGCCCUGUGUGCCCCGAGACGGAACGAUUUGGUAGAAAUCUGAAAACUACGUUAAAAUUUUAAUGUAUCAUUCAAGGAGUAGUUUAUGAUGCAUUGGGAUACUACUUCAAAUAAUACCACCUAGAUUUAGCAGUGCGUGAGGAUUCAAAACACUCCAGUACUAACAGAUCUCAUGGGUAUCGCAUCUGGAAUAGCUAUUGAUGGAAUUAAUGUUGUGUAACUUCCAUACAGAUUAAUCAACAAAUCGUGUGAAGGACGGAAUGUUUCCCGGUGUAGACAUUACUAGAAACCAACGAUGAAUACUAGCCUCAGUGAUAACAGUUCUGAUCUCCAGGUCCCUAACGGGGACUUGGACGCCUGGAAUAGGGAUGAAGCAUACAAACUAAUACCUAUUGACAUACUACUUGUACUGUAUGCGGUGAUCGGAGUAUUCGGAAACAUUGCCGUUAUCUACAUAUACAGUUUCAAACUCAAGGUGAAGUUUGAUGAUAAAUUCUUCAUCCUCGUUUUGGCGGGAAUGGACAUCAUCGUCUGCUCCACAGGGCCAUUGUUUUCUCUGGCUCGUAAUAUACUUCCGGUGAACUUCCAAGGCGACGCUCUCUGUCGUAUUUGCUGGUAUUUUGUGCGGACUAUGGGGACAGCUUCCGGGAUGUUACUUUUCAUCAUCGCCGUACAGCGUUAUCUGAAAGUGUGUCGUCCGUUUGGACGACAAAUGACGUCAUUUAUAAAUAAGGUUGCUUUGGGGGUGACGUUUGGCGUUGCCAUAAUCAUCGACAUACCCAUAUUUGUCUUUUACGGUGAAACGGAAAUUUAUGAUAGUCACUUGAAUGUGACCGGAUAUCGCUGUGGACGGAAGGACGAUGAGAGUCCGUCAAUGAAACAAGAUAUUCUCAUCUAUUUUUAUUUUAUGUUUGCCUGUGCCGGAAGUGUAAUGCUAGGUGUGGCCGUUCUGUACUCGAUGACAGGAUUUACGAUAUACAAACAGGUGAAAAAACACAUGAACUUGACCGGUGAAUCCUACAAAGCCACCACGCACCGAAAUGGUCAUGAAAACAUAAAAGCUGAGGCCAACAAUUCAUGUAUUUCCUUACAGGAUAUUACGCUCACGGAUUCACCGGAAGUGACGUCAAAAAGAGGUAGUUACAAAUCCAUAAAGAACAGUAACGGCGUUGACGAUUCGCCAGUUAUUAAGAAAAACUAUAAACGUAAUCUUCAAAGUUACGAAAAAAGUGUUCCUUUGGAGUCCGAGGAUUCAGUAUCGUCUAAAACUAACGGAAGUGUCGAAGGUUCCGAAAAGGGUUAUGAGAAAGGCGAACAACAUCUAUCGAUAAGGGUUACUUUAACAGAUGACGCAGUUGUUGCGGCCGAUAAUGAUAAACAGAGUUCGUUAGACACACAACAACCAAUUAAGGAAAGAGAAAACACUUGUAACGGCAUUAGGGAUCAAGUGGGCACUACAGUGCCAAACCAGACGAACUCAAAGACCGUCAGUUUUAAGAAAACCAAUCUGGAACCUCUCAAAGAUGACGAGGAGGAUUCUUGUAAUGAUAUUGGUACAUUUACAAAAUCUAAUCUAGAAACAAUCAAAGACGAGGAUGAGGGUGAAAAUAGAACGAAAGUUUCUAACAAAAAUGUUUCUAUUAAAGAUACGAGCCCCGUUGGUUCUCCAAUCAGAAAAGGACCAAAACAGGAAUCUCAGGUAGGUGUUCGGUGGAAGAAGAACCGGAUGAUGGUACAUAGAUUUUCUAUAAUGUUCAUGAUGAUAGCCAUCGUCUGUACCAUUACCUACACUCCAGCCUUAAUAGCGAACAUGCUGGUCAAUCUGGACUCUGUCCAGUACUGGACUGAGUAUGCCCAGUGGGAACGAAUCUUAUACCUGUUUCUCUUCCAACUGUAUCUCCUAAAUCACGUGGCAAAUCCAUUUAUUUAUGCAUUUUUCGACAAGACAUUUCGAAAGGAAUUCAAAAACAUGAUAUCAUGUAAAAGAAGAUAAAAGGACAAAAGAAACUAGUUUUAAAACAGUAUUAUUUUCUUGUGAACAUUUCUACAUCUUUUCCUGUUUUUUUUUUACGAUUGAUAUUUUUAACAUUGGAAUCUUGUCUGUAUGUUUGAUAUGAGUUGGAACAGUCGAUAUACAUAUAUGUGUUCCACCAUCCAAUACACAUCAGGGCCAUUGAACCUACGAACAAGGAUCCAAAUCUCCACAAGUUAAUUAUUAAAUCUAUGAUGUUUAAUAUUUUCUGAAGAUGUUUCAUCGCCGACAGAGUAUACAAUUCUUGUCAUAAAAGUACCUAAAAUGUCGCCCACAGUGUAGAUAUAUGUACUGUAGUAAACAUCGAGAAAUGAAAAACAACAACACAACAGAGUGAUCGGUUAUAACACCGGAAGUUACUAACACAAUAUGGACAGAUGCAGUUAAUUAUUUGUGCACUUCAAAUUUAAAAGAUAUAAAGAGAAAAUCAGAUUGAUGGAGGGAGACAAUAGCGUUAAGUAUGUACAAUAGCCUAUUCAUUUUUUUGUUCAAUCUGUCAUAAUCUUUGUCGGCGAUGAAGCAUCACCUCUUUAGAAAAUAAUCCUUUUUUUUUUUAAAUACAUUUGUGAUUUAUGACGUGAUAUUUUUAAUCAUUUAUAUUUAUAAUUCGGGCUGUCAAAAUGUGAUAUAGCACCAACAACCAAGGGUUGCAGUGAAUAUUCGUCUAUUGAGAGCAGAACCCUGGAUAUCGGAGAUGGAAGUCUGUAGAGUUGUCACCGUCAUAUUUAGGAUAGCGGAAACGGACACAAUUACAUUUAUAUGGCGGUCCAGCCGUCCGUCAGUAUAGUUACAUGGAUAAUGUGUCUGUACGUCCGUUUAUAAACAAAUUCUAGUAAAACCAUCAGUGUUGUUUACUUGUUUACGAAAGGACACAGGCGCCGAGACUCACAGUGUAUACGUUUUGAUCUAGCGGUGUCUUAAAUAGUAAACAUAGCAGUGGGGUAUUUGUUUUCUGCUAGAUAUCUUUAUUGACCAGAAGGUUUUCGCAAAACUUAUAGAGUAUUUUAAGUUACUUUACUAGUUAAAAGAGCCACGAAUUAGAAAUGUGUGCCAUAAUACUAUGGAAUCGAUCUGAAUGUAUCUAGUUUGUAAAAUAAGAUUAUGUACACAUUUAGAUAGCAUCUAAAUUAACAGCCUGUAUAGGUAACUCUCAGGCCACUGUCUACCACAACAAAACUUCGUUUUCUUAAUUUCUGACAUUUUUUUCGUACUUUUCGCUUUUUAGGACAAUUUGAUAUUUUUUAUACACACAGAAAUAUGUCAAACAUCAAAUGUAUCUAGAUUAUUGUUCAAUGUAGGAUUAGACGAUACAGACGGGUUCGUUUGUACAAAACUGUGUAAUCACAAAGGGGAGACAACUCUAUGAAAAUGUCCAUAUGAAAAUCUAGUCCAAAUAGUUAUAAUUGUAAACCAGGUAUAGAUACUUUGUGAUGAUAUUCACGACGACUUGUUUAUGCAUUUAUUUAAAUACAAUACUUAAUUUGA